CAGGCAUUUCAUUCUGCAGCUCUGCAGUGUGUUUGCUUCUUUCCGGAACAGCUGGGAUGGAAUUCUGCUACUGCUGGGGGAGUGAUUGGAGCCAAUGCUCUUCUACAGCCUGGGGCUCUGCAGCUUUCAAAACCAUCUCCUGAACAAAGAGGUUGUUCUGGAAAUGCAUAUGAAAGAAAAUGAUUCCGCAUGGCACUGACUGAGGGCUCAGCCUUGGAGGUGAUGGCAUUAAGAUGCAUACAUGUUGAUAGAAAUACCGAUGCUUGCUUUCAACGAGGAUUCCCAAGGAUGCUGUUUGGUCACAGCAAUUAACUACUUUGACAGCCAGAUAGCAACUGAUUAAGUUGCUGCUAAUGCUUCAUAACAUUGCAGUACUUUUAGCGUUUGGGACCAGAGAAUCUUUGCUAUUAACGUGAAAUGGCGGUAAUUGCUGCCUAUUGUUUCUGUUAAUGAAAUAAACACACCAUUGUGUGAAAUUUUGGGAUUAAGCUGGAGUACCCUCCCGGAAUAACCGAGUCAUCACAUGUAUACAAAAAAAACUGCAGUCGAGAACUAACCGCCGGGUUCUACAGUUUUGUGGAUCUUUCUGGAUAUAUAUUCAUUGCAUAUGCUCUCUGCCCUGGAUUAUUCCUUUUGAUUUUUUAAACCAUUCUGGAUUUAGAUCCCUGGACAAAAUGCAGCUUUGGUUCGACUUGAUUUAACAGCUGCCACAAAAAGCUGACUUUUACACUUUGGAAUUGACCUUAAAUGAUGCUGAGUAGUUUUCCUGUUGGAUGGAGAAAUCAUUUUGAGGCUCCUUAUUAGCACUGUGGAUGCUCACUAAUUCCAUAAGUGUUGUUUUUUCUUAAACCACAAACUAUUUCUUCAUUAAAAAAAGUUUUAAGAGGCAUUUUAUUUAAUUAACAAUAUAUAUCUUUUUACAGUGUUUAAAAAUAGAUGUAUACAUAUGAAUAAUGAGCCCUUUUAACGUCUAUACAGUAAUAUGUUACUACAGAACCAUAAAUCAUACUUGUAAAGCAUAACAGAAGCAACAUACACAAACUCCUAUCUAUAAAUGGGACAAUUUUUCAUUACCGUACUGUUUUAGUGGAAGAAAUAGAGCCUCAUUAAUAGAUCGAAUGAGCCGCGUGUGCAUUGUGGUUUUGGAGGAGGGGGAAGAUGAUGCUCCUCACUUUACUUCCAAAUUACCUCAAAGAAAUACUUAUACUCCUUCUGCAAUUGUAACGCCACCCCUGGUUCAAGCAAUUUUUAACGGGGAUCCUGAUGAAGUUCGGGCUUUGAUAUUCAAGAAGGAAGACGUUAACUUUCAGGAUAAUGAAAAAAGAACCCCACUUCAUGCUGCUGCAUAUCUCGGAGAUGCUGAAAUUAUUGAGCUUCUUAUUUUAUCUGGAGCUAGAGUAAAUGCCAAAGACAGCAAAUGGUUGACUCCUCUGCACAGAGCUGUAGCAUCCUGCAGUGAGGAUGCUGUUCAGGUGUUAUUAAAGCAUUCAGCCGAUGUCAAUGCCCGUGACAAAAACUGGCAGACUCCUUUGCACAUAGCAGCAGCAAACAAAGCUGUAAAGUGCGCAGAAGCACUGGUGCCUCUUCUUAGCAAUGUAAAUGUAUCUGACAGAGCAGGGAGAACGGCAUUACACCACGCAGCCUUCAGCGGUCAUGUUGAGAUGGUGAGUUUACUUCUGUCUCGAGGUGCCAACAUUAAUGCAUUUGAUAAGAAGGACCGGCGGGCAAUACAUUGGGCAGCAUAUAUGGGUCAUAUUGAAGUUGUGAAAUUACUUGUAACUCACGGAGCUGAAGUAAUGUGUAAAGACAAGAAGUCCUAUACACCACUGCAUGCAGCAGCAUCAAGUGGAAUGAUUAGUGUAGUAAAGUAUCUUUUAGACCUUGGAGUAGAUAUGAAUGAAUCAAAUGCAUAUGGAAACACACCCCUUCAUGUGGCUUGCUACAAUGGGCAAGAUGUCGUAGUGAAUGAAUUGAUAGACUGUGGUGCUAAUGUGAACCAAGUAAAUGAGCGGGGAUUUACUCCUUUGCACUUUGCAGCAGCAUCCACCCAUGGUGCUCUAUGUCUAGAACUUUUAGUUUGCAAUGGAGCUGAUGUGAAUAUUAAGAGUAAAGAUGGGAAGACACCGCUACAUAUGACCGCUAUCCAUGGGCGCUUCUCAAGAUCCCAAAUAAUCAUCCAGAAUGGAGCAGAAAUAGACUGUGAAGAUAAAAAUGGAAACACCCCAUUGCAUAUAGCUGCCAGAUAUGGCCACGAGCUUCUCAUUAACACUCUUAUUACCAGUCGAGCCGACACUUCAAAACGGGGCAUCCAUGGAAUGUUUCCUCUCCAUUUAGCUGCCUUAAGUGGCUUUUCAGAUUGUUGCAGAAAGCUCCUUUCUUCAGGUUUUGACAUAGAUACCGCUGAUGACUUUGGCAGGACCUGUCUUCAUGCAGCCGCAGCUGGAGGAAACCUGGAGUGCCUAAACUUGUUGCUUAACACAGGUGCAGACUUUAACAAAAAAGACAAGUUUGGACGAACCCCGCUUCACUAUGCUGCGGCCAACUGUAAUUAUCAGUGCCUAUUUGCACUUGUUGGCUCUGGAGCGAGCGUAAAUGACCUUGAUGAGAGGGGCUGUUCACCACUGCACUAUGCAGCUACUUCUGAUACAGAUGGCAAGUGCCUGGAAUAUUUACUCAGAAAUGAUGCAAACCCAGGAAUCAGGGACAAACAUGGGUACAAUGCAGUACAUUAUGCAGCUGCUUAUGGACAUCGUUUAUGUCUUGAACUGAUCGCGAGAGAAACUCCUCUAGAUGUGCUCAUGGAGACUUCAGGUACUGACAUGCUGAAUGAUGCAGAUACCAGGGCACCUAUAAGCCCAUUACACCUAGCUGCUUACCAUGGCCACCAUCAAGCUCUGGAAGUGCUAGUACAGUCUUUACUGGACCUCGAUGUAAGGAACAGCACCGGCCGGACUCCUCUGGACCUUGCUGCGUUUAAAGGACACGUUGAAUGUGUAGAUGUUUUGAUUAACCAAGGAGCAUCAAUAUUGGUAAAGGACUACGUUGUCAAGAGAACACCCAUUCAUUCUGCAGAAAUCCAAAUGGUUGAUUCCAGAAAUUCAGUUAAUAAAAACAAUUCUGAACUUUGCAAUUCUGCACAGCAAAAAGUAAGACCAAAGGACAUGCCCAGUGCUAUCAAUGGACAUUCAGAAUGCUUAAGGCUCCUUAUAGGAAAUGCUGAUGUGCAGGCAGCAGUGGAUAUUCACGAUGGAAAUGGGCAGACACCUCUGAUGCUUUCUGUUCUAAAUGGCCAUACAGAAUGUGUCUAUUCUCUCCUAAAUAAAGGAGCCAAUGUAGAUGCCAAAGAUAAAUGGGGAAGGACAGCGCUGCAUAGAGGGGCAGUGACAGGACAUGAGGAGUGUGUAGAAGCGUUGCUCCAGCAGAAUGCAAAUUUCCUAUUACGAGACUGCAGAGGUCGGACUCCUAUUCACUUAGCAGCAGCUUGUGGUCAUAUAGGAGUUCUGGGUGCUCUUUUGCAGACUGCAGUUUCUGUGGAUGUUGUUCCAGCAAUAGUAGACAAUCAUGGAUACACACCCCUUCAUUGGGCUUGCUAUAAUGGUCAUGAUGCAUGUGUAGAGCUGUUGUUGGAGCAAGAAGUUUUUCAGAAAAUGGAAGGAAAUUCUUUCAGCCCCUUACAUUGCGCAGUGAUAAAUGAUAAUGAAGGUGCUGCUGAAAUGCUAAUUGAUACCUUAGGUACCAGCAUAGUAAACUCAGUGGACUCCAAAGGAAGGACACCUCUUCAUGCUGCAGCCUUUACAGACCAUAUUGAAUGUUUACAGCUUUUGCUCAGCCAUAAUGCUCAAGUAAAUGCCGUGGAUUCUACUGGUAAAACCCCAUUAAUGAUGGCAGCUGAGAAUGGGCAAACGAAUGCAGUUGAGGUAUUGGUUAGCAGUGCUAAAGCUGAUCUAAUGUUGCAAGACAAGAAUAAAAAUACUGCAUUACACUUGGCAUGCAGUAAGGGUCAUGAAACUAGUGCCUUGUUAAUAUUAGAGCAAAUCACAGACCGAAACCUCAUCAAUGCAACAAAUUCAGCUUUGCAAACACCUCUCCAUGUAGCUGCUCGAAAUGGACUGACGGUUGUUGUGCAAGAGCUUCUGGGAAAGGGAGCAAGUGUCUUAGCAGUGGAUGAAAAUGGCUACACACCAGCAUUGGCUUGUGCUCCCAAUAAGGAUGUUGCUGAUUGCCUAGCUCUCAUAUUGGCUACAAUGAUGCCAGUGUCCUCUAGCAGCUCCUUGCCCUCUAUGACUUUAAACGCCAUUAACCACUACAACAACACCUCAAAGGCUGUCACUUUUGACUCUCUACCUGUAAUGAGAAGUGAGCACAGCUCUUACUGCAGUUUUAACAAUGUCGGCAGGGAAGAUGGGUACCCAUACACAGAAGAGGAUGAACUCAAUGAUUCUGACUCUGAGACCUAUUAAUAUUCUUGGGGAGCUCAGCUUUUAAAUUGUUCAAUUUGCGCAGAUUGGAAGUGUUAAUAGAAUUACCUGCACUGCCAGCUUGGCCUGUAACACAGGGAACAAUUGGCAACUUCGCAGCAACAAGUGAUUUUUUUUUUUUUCUUUUUAAAGUGUACACUGAUUUAUCAAAUGACUCUAGAAGAGUUUUAAAUCUGACCACUUUUGUUGGAUGAAAAUUUAAAAACUAGCUGGCAUUUCCAUCCCUCACGUAAAUGUUUUCUACAGAUUUCAGCCCCACGGCACAAUUUCUUAAUGAGAAGGAAGGCUGGUGGGGGAGGGGGGGGGGUUGUAUCACUGAGAACAUCUAACCAGUCAUUACACUUUUAUUUCAUAUUUUAUUGUCUGUGUCAAGAGUACGUUUUAUAUCACAGGGCACAGAGGUCCGGUUCAGCAGACUACUCAUACCACUGUACAGGAGACAAUAUAUAGUGACAGAUGUAUAAAUAAAACAACCAUUUUGAUGGCAAUAAAUGAUUUUGGUAAACUGGCAUUGCGUGUACAUCAGUUUGCCAAAGGACCAAAAAAAAAGUCUGUGUUCUUGUUUUAUUUUACGAAGUUUUUGAUGUGAAAUAACCAGAAUUUGUUAAAUCUAAAAUUUUUCAUCAAAUUUGAGCAUUGACAACUUAAGGGUUGUUUGUCAGAAUUUGUAUUUCUUCACAAGCUAAGAGACAGGGAAAUGGCCCACAGCCUCACCAGAAUACUUAGCCUUGUUCAGUGCUGUUGGGAUGAUGUGUUCUUCAAAUGGGAACAAUAACUGUUUAAUCGUUUGGGGUUUUUUUCUGGUGUUUCUGUCACCUUCAUUCUAAUAACCCUUUUUAUAGUCUUUGGUGUAAGGGAUUUUUUGAGGAAACGUUGGUCUGUGACUGUUGUAGGAUUAAGACGUCUAUGCAUGGUACGUCAUCACCCUGUAAGGGCAGUGCUACAAAAUAGAAGCAUCCGUUCAUGUUCAGAUUCACCGUUAACAUUUCCCCUGAUUUUCAGCAAUAGUUUGGGCAGGGAUAGGGAAGCCAUAGCUAGCCUUUGGCUGCGACUCCCAAUAUUGAGUUCCAUAGUAGCCAGUGCUGUGCCUAUUCCUGCAUUCAGAUUUUAAUUUCUGGCCAUUUUCCAUUGAUCUAAAACAAAAGUUCUCAUUGGUUAGCUGUGCGUGCACAAGCUUCUUCCCUUGGCUAUAUCUAUCAAUGCUCACCAAGUUUCCCCUACAAAAUGCAGAUAUUCAAUCACUUAUUGCUUAGUUUUUUUUAUUAUUAUUAAAUAUAAGUUGCUUAGAUCUAUUUUCCAAUGGUCCUCUAUGAAACAUGGCGCCCGUUGCAUUUGCACAGACGACCGUAAGCGAUGGUGGAAGUUGACCUGAUCAGAUUUGCCCUUGGGAGCUUUAGAAGUCCUUUUCUGUUAAUGCUGUACUUAAUUAUCUGAUACAAAUGAAAUGCCCAUGUAAAUGGGCAGGCACAUGAAUAUUUAAGUAAAGAUGUCUAUUGAGUUUAAAAUAUGAAACAUGCAGGUCCCAUGUGUGUAAAGUUCAUAUCGAUAUUGUUUCUUAUUUUAUUUAUAUGUAGGCACAAUCCAAAAAAAUAUAUGCUGCCGCUAAGCAGAAAAAUAUUAGUCUAGAAUAGCGAAUUAAAUGCUUCUCCCAAUCAGAGGAAGCCAAUCAAACAGCUUUGAAGCCUGCAGGUAAUCGUAGGCUGGCCAUGCAAGAAGGAUGGGGACUAGUUAAUGUGGUUAAUGUGUGUUUGCUUGGCUCUGCUGUAACAAACAGGUUUGGUUCAUUUUCAAGUGAAAUUGAUCUAAUGUAAUUUUAUUUUAUUUUUUCUUUUGUAUUGUGAAACUGGAACGCUUUUAAACUGUAAACGAUCUGCUGUUUUCUGACCAGAGUGAAAACAGGACAGUAUUUUGAUCUAUUUGAUAAUUUUGUGAGUUUUUUUUUUUUUUUUCAUUUUAAAGACAAUAUGGGCAUGUACAUAGAAAUAAUGACUGCUUGGAUACUAUAUUUACCUGCACUCUUUCAGUACAUUGAAAUUCCUGUAUAUUUUAUGGAGUAUAAUAAAAAAAUGUGAGUUAUGUUUCA